UCCCGAGCAGCGGCUGCAGGAGUGCAAGCGGGAGUGCCGGGAGAGACGAGAAGGUGAACGGCAACGGCAGCAGUGCGAGCGCCGGUGCGAGCAGCGGUACCAAGAGGAGAGGAGGGGAGGCGAGGAGACGGGCCGACAUGGUGGUAAAAGAGAGGAUCCCAGGAAGCAACUGGAGGAAUGCCGGAGGGAGUGCCAGGAGAAACAAGAGGGGAGGAGGCAGCAGAGAGAGUGCGAGCAGCGGUGCGAGGAGGAGUACAGAAAGCAUCGUGGAGGGAACAAGGAGGAAGAAGAAUGGGAGGAAGGACAGGAGAAGAAGAGGAGAGAGGGCCAUCCUUACUUCUUCGACAAGGAGAGCUUCAUGCGCCAGGUCAGGACAGAACACGGCCAAAUUAGGGUCUUCAGGAACUUCUUCGAGAAAUCCAAGCUUUUGCUAGGGGUUGCCAACUACCGUGUUGCCAUCAUUGAGACUAAUCCUAAUACUUUUGUGCUCCCGAGCCACUUUGACGCAGAGGCCCUUCUCUUCGUAGCCAGAGGGAAUGGUAUCCUGACUCUGAUGUGCCAAGAUAAUAAGGAGGCACACGAGCUUCGCCGGGGAGAUAUCAUGAGGGUGCGCGCAGGAGCAAUUGCGUCCUUAAUGAACAAAGACAGGAACGAGAAGCUCGUUAUAGUCUGCCUCCUCCAGCCUGUAGCCACUCCUGGCAUGUUUGAGGCGUUCGUCGGUGCUGGUGGACAAAACCCCGAGUCAUUUUACCGGAGCUUUAGCAAGCAAGUCUUAAGAGCUGCCUUUAACACACGAGAAGACAAGCUGAAGAGGCUUUUCGAGAAGCAGCAAAAGGGACCUAUAAUUCAGGCAAGCCAAGAGCAGAUCAGGGAGAUGAGCCGCCAAAUCUCCGAAGGUCGGAGUCGGCCUUUGGGUGGAUCGAGGAGGCCAUUCAAUCUGCUUGAAAAGCGUCCUUCCCACUCCAACCGUCAUGGAGAGCUAAGAGAGGCUGAUCGCACUGACUACCCGGAGCUCAUGGACCUCAACAUCCAAGUCUCCUUGGCUAAUAUCAGCAGAGGAUCCAUGAUAGCACCUAACUAUAAUACAGAGGCAACCAAGAUUGCAAUUGUGGUUGGGGGCAAAGGCGACGUCCAGAUAGUUUGCCCGCAUUUGUCCAGACAGCAGGAGGAAGGACGAGGCCGGGAGGAAGAGGAACAACAACGUGGCAGGCAUUACCAAAGAGUCCAAUCCGAGGUAUCACGUGGCACGGUGUUCAUCGUUCCGGCCGGCCAUCCAUCCGUCGCCGUCUCUUCUCGCAAUGAGAAUCUUGAGGUGCUGUGCUUCGGAAUCAAUGCCAAGAACAACCAUAGGACUUGGCUUGCAGGGAGGAACAACGUGUUAAAGCAGAUGGAUAGGGUGACAAAGGAGUUGUCCUUUGACCAGCCAGCCAGGGAGGUGGACGAGGUCUUGAAUGCCCCAAGGGAGGAGGUUUUCAUGGAGGGUCCAAAGGAAAGCGAGCAGGAGAGGGAGAGAGGGGAAGGCCGCGAUGGUCCACUGGAAUUUUCCGCCUUUUGAGAUCAUCAUACAAAAGGAAGAUCUAGAGUCGUAGAGACCAGAGCGAAGGAAUAUGUAUGCAGAGUUGGAGUGUAGUAGCAGUAGUAGGAGUGAUGUAAAUCUGUGGAAUAAGCCCCUUUAUGGUGCCCUGGAAUAAAAUACUUCGCUCUUAGUUUGGUGUUUAUAAAU